CCGAGGCCGCCUCCUCUCCUCAGACACGAAGGAGGACGGGCCCGAAGGAGCCUCGGAGGCCCACAGGACUUCGAGGGCAACCGCCGAAAGCCGUCCUCAGCCGCGGUUUACUUAGGCUCCGACGUUGAGGCCAUGAGCUUGAAAGAAUUCUCCUUCCCCUUCUCUGAGACGAGGUUCCUCCAUGAGGGAGUCAACUUGUAUAAGUUCAAAAUCCGAUAUGGCAUCAGUAUCAGAGUGGAAGACUUGAAUAAAGAGGCCGUCAACCACGAACUGGAGGAUUCCAUCCGCGCGAUCCUGGGGAACCUGGAUAACAUCCAGCCGUUUGGCACGAAGAACUUCAUUAUAUUCCCGUAUAAAAGCCGUUGGGAACGAGCCUCCCACCUGCGCUUCAAACAACGGGAAGUCAACCUGAUUCCCUACCCGUUCGUCCUCACCCUGUAUGUGGAGACGAAGCCAGUUCAGGAGGACAUUCUUCCCGGGAUUAAGAAACAGCAAGCCAGCCCUUCUGGACGGCAACGGUCAGGGUUCCGACACGGCGGUGGUUCCAAGGGACCGAGAUUUAGGGGCUCCGAAGCCUUCUCUAAAGUGAAGACCCAGGAUGUGGCUGUGGUGAAGCAACGGCGAGAGAAGAGGCUCGCUUCAUCCCCGGUGAAGGGGCCGGACAGAGCGGGGAAGUUUGCCUGCCGCCACGACCGCAGUCCCAACCAGCUCCCAACCAGCUCCGGGUCCAUGAGGGCAAGUCACCAGGCGAGAGACGGCGAGGAAGCGGCUCCGUCUCGGUCUCCCCUCUAUGUUCCCGUUGCCGAGGAGAGCGUUGCCCAGCAGGGAUCGCAGGUUGUUAGUACCUCCGUCGGCGAGGAGCAAGGUGCCUCGGCCGGCCGUCACCAACGGGCCGCUCCGGCCCCGUCGCAGGAGAACAGCUGCACUGGGAGCCCCGACCCCUCGAAGCCAAAGAGCCGUGGCUUCCUUAAGCUCUUAAGCUCCUUAUUCUCCUACUGGAACUUCUUCGGAAGCGAGAGCAAGCCCUGAAUCCUCUAAAGCCGAGCCGGCUCCGGGCCCCCGGUACGCUCCGCGGCGGCACCCGGGAAGGAGACCGGGAGGUGAAGGCCGGGAGCCGGGCCCCGCGGCCGUUGACGUCUCCGUGCCGCGUUCCGCCCUCGCUGACCUGUUUUUCCUUCCAAAUAAAAUUGUUGUUGGCCGAGUG